GUGAGUCAAUACAGACAAAUGUUAGAAGUGUGGGAUACGCAUCUCCGUCGCACAGUAACCAUUCGCCACGCCUAGUAUUACCUCUUUCUCAAAGUUUCCUGUCAGAAUAGCUCACCACUUUCCAGAGAUUAUGCUUUGUGCUCUCUCUCUCUAGAGAGUUCCCUCUCUCUCUGCUUCGAAAGUUAAUCAAACAGCUUCUCCGAUAGGUAAGAGCCAUGGACGAAAAUGAAGGUGGGGAACCAAUCGAGCAGUUCCAUCGGAACGAAGCAAUCUCCGCCGUUGCCGAUGAUAAUUUUCUUGUUGAAGAAGAUGAUGAUUAUGAAGAUCUUUAUAACGAUGUAAAUGUUGGUGAGAAUUUUCUCCAAUCUCUUCGUAAAAAUGAAGAUUUAGUAGUAUCUAAAAAGGAUGAGGUUGAGAAAAAACCUGAACUUUCCCCUCCGGCGGCGACAUUUCCGCCGCCGGCCGUGGCGGAAAGUGGCGGUGGAAAUGUUCAGGUUGAGCCUAAACCCGUAAAAGAGGAGGAUGUAGCAUCGGGGGUUUCUGCUAGAGGAGGGUCAGUAGGUGCUGCAGCUGGGCCUGGGGUUUCUGCUGGUGGUGGGUUUAGGGUUGAGUUAAAUCGCCCAUCGGAGGGUAAGAUGGGUGAUUUAGCGGAGCGGAUGGUGAGUAGUAACGUUCCGAAUCAGGUGAUGGUUCAACAGCCUAACGCUGGUGGUGUUGCCGCUGUUGGAAAUGCUGGUAAUGUUGGAAAUUCAGGGAAUGGCAAUUUUGUUAGGCAGGGAGGGGUUAAUGUGAACGGGGCAGGUAAUAUUGUUGGUGGAGGUGGGGGUGCUAGUGGUGGAGGAGGAGGUGGUGGUGGAGGGGCGAUUCUUUUUGUUGGUGAUUUACAUUGGUGGACAACGGAUGCGGAGCUAGAGGUAGAGUUGAGCAAGUAUGGACUUGUGAAGGAGGUGAAAUUUUUCGAAGAAAAAGCUAGUGGGAAGUCUAAAGGAUAUUGCCAGGUUGAGUUUCACGAUUCCUCUGCUGCCUCAGCUUGUAAGGAAGGGAUGAAUGGACAUGUUUUCAAUGGGAGGCCAUGUGUAGUCGCCUUUGCAUCAUCACCGUAUAAUGUGAAGAGGAUGGGUGAAGCUCAGGUGAAUCGAAAUCAACAGGUUGCCCAGACUGCUACUCCCCAAGCAAGGCGGGGGCCUGCUGAUGUGGCUGGUAAUAAAAUUGGAAAUAACAACACUGCUACUGGUGGCAAUUAUCAAGGUGGUGGGGAUGGCAACAGGGGUUAUGGUAGAGGAAAUUGGGGCAGAGGAGGCCCUCAAGGUAUGGGAAAUCGGGGGCCUGUGGGUCCUAUGAGAAACAGGCCUGGUGGGAUUGGAGGAAGAGGGUUGAUGGGAAAUGGUGGAGGUGGAUUUGGACAAGGUAUGGGCGGUGCACCUCCACUUUUGCAUCCUCAAUCAAUGAUGGGUCAGGGCUUUGAUCCUGCUUUUGGAGGAGGGCCUAUGGGGAGAAUGGGUGGUUACGGAGGAUUCCCUGGUGGUCCAGCUCCACCAUUUCCUGGUAUGUUGUCAUCUUUUCCACCUGUUGGAGGAGUUGGGAUGCCUGGUGUAGCUCCUCAUGUAAAUCCUGCAUUCUUUGGUAGAGGAAUGCCAAUGAAUGGCAUGGGAAUGAUGCCAGGUGCUGGUAUGGAGGGGCCGAACAUGGGGAUGUGGUCUGAUCCUAAUGCGGGUGGAUGGGCUGGCGACGAGCAUGGUGGUAGAGUGGGAGAGUCAAGUUAUGCAGAAGAAGCUGGGUCUGAUCAUCAGUAUGGAGAAGUAACUCAUGAUAGAGGGGCUUGGCCUAAUAACUUGAAAGAUAAAGACAGAGGAUCAGAGCGUGAUUGGUCUGGUUCUACAGAUAGAAAACAUCGAGAUGGCAGAGAACCUUCCUAUGAUAGAGACAUGGCUCGUGAAAAGGAUAGAGGGAAUGAUCAUGAUUAUUCAGAGAGGAGAUACCGAGAUGAUAGAGAUGUCGCAAGAGACAGGGAGAGGGACAGGGAUCGUGAACGUUCUCGAGAACGAGGGCGUGAUCGUGAGAGGGAUCGAGAUCGUCAUAGGGAUGAUAGAGAUAGAUAUGCUGAUCAUCUCAGGUACAAGGACCGUGAGCAAGAAUAUGAUGAUGAUGAGAGAGGAAGGUCAUCAAGGGGACACAGCAAAUCACGAUUAUCACAUGAGGAAGACCAUCGGUCAAGAUCAAGGGAUGCUGAUUACGGAAAGAGGCGGCGUAUAACUUCUGAGUGAUCUGCACCCUUGCCUGCAUAUUAUCAAGGAUACUUUAGAAUGAGAUCGAUUAGGAGCUAAUCCACUGAGGGUUUGCCAUGUGUAUUCAGCUUUCUACUAGGAGGAUUUCUCACCACCUGCUUCAUCAGACAGUUGCUCUUUGAUAUGGUUUGUCACACAAAAGUUGAUGCUCUUUCAGUGUUCCUUUUGGAGGAGCUCUGGUCUCUCAGCACUAAGAAAUGUUGUUCUUUGGUUUCUUGUGAUGAUAGCCUGGAGGAGAUAGAGCAAGCUGUUGGAAGAAGUAUGGUAUAUCUUCAAAAUGCCUUGAAGCUGUCUGAGAGAGCAUGUUAUAUUGCAUGGCUUUACCUCUUAGUGAAGAUUGAAUUGCUAAUAGAACAUUAUGUCUCAGUUUUUAGCCUCUUUUUCAUGUAUGUUUUAGUUGAAUGUGACUUGAAUAAUCCAACAUUUGGUGACUUCAGACUUCAAUUUUCUGUAAGUCGAGUGACAGAUUAUCCUAGAAAUUUGCUUUUUGAUGUAAUGUGUUAGGAUGUUUUGACACAGGUUGGCGCUGAUCGGCACCCUUCUUGCUCGGGCGUUUGUUGUACUAAUCAUUUUUCUUCUUGUAUCAUCUUUGUUUUCUUUUUGACCCAGUUUUUUUGUUGGGCAUAUGAUGUUUAGAGCUCAUUCUUCUUUUGCAAGUGUA